UGUUUAUUAUUGCAUAGAUGACCUUUACAUAAAUAUUCCUCAAGCCUAGAGGUCAUAUUUGAAAGAUCAUCUCAGUUGAUUGCCACGAUUGUUUCACGUGAAUAGGCGCAUAAUCACUGAGCUUUGAGAUUUUUGCUUCACUGCACUUAAAACAAUAUCAAUGGACUUGCGUCGUACAAUUUGGGGCUCAAUGAAGAAUAUACUCAACAAGAUUGGAAAUUUUAUUCGUGUAUUCAGCAAAUGGAAUUGCCUAAGAAUUUUCUGGUCCUAUACGGUGGUGGAAAACAUGGAGCGAAAAUCAGUUGUUGCAGAUGCAUCUGCUCCCACGAAAAAUGAGCCGGUGAGAAUUUUAACGUUGAAUAAGGGAGAGCAUCAGGAUGGAAUUUUGUACAGAGUUAAGCAAGGUUGGCAUCUGCAGUUCUCCCUGGGCCCUUCCCUCUUCGGCCGCCAAUUGAACAUCUUCACCAACCAUCCAAUAUCUCUGGGCCAACAAUUCCAGAGACAAACGUACCACCAAUUAGAAUGGACAGAGGGAUCGGCAAAUCUGCGACUGACAACAGCUGGAUCAUUCCACUACUACCUGACUGACAGUCAGGAGCCGAAUGACCUGAAACCCGUGGCAUCGGGCUACAUCCUUGUGGAGCCGGAGCUAAUCCUGGGUUCAUCAAACGAGAAAUUGUCACUGGACUGCAUCCAAUGUCAAACAGUGUUGUCCAAGAAUUUGGGACCCAUCUCUACGUGGGAGGAGAAACUCCUGGUAUCAAAAAAUUCUGGUUACAACAUGAUUCAUUUUACACCAAUUCAAGAACUAGGUGAAUCUCAAUCCGCGUAUAGUCUGAGUGAUCAAUUGAAGGUCAAUUCGUCAUUCAACGACAGCAAUGAUCGACCAGCGACAUUCGACGACAUCGAGGCGUUGACCAAUAAAUUGAGAAACGACUGGAAAGUACUGUCAAUUUGCGAUAUCGUUUUGAAUCACACAGCCAACGAGAGCCCAUUCCUGGUAUCCCACCCAGAGUGCACGUACAAUUGCUACAACAGCCCUCACUUGCGUCCUUCUUAUCUCCUGGAUGCAGCUCUCUUCGAAUUAACCCUCCAAGUAGGAGCUGGUGACUGGGAACUCAAGGGAAUUCCUCCGGUCGUCGACAACGAGGAUCACCUCAACGCAAUUCGUUAUGCACUCCAAACCCAUUAUCUUCCCCUCGUUAAAAUCGAAGAGCUGUUCACCCUAGACGUUGACGUAGUGGUUGCUGAUUUCGUCAGCUUCUCCCGCACUAGAAUGCCCCAGGACAUCCCAGCCGACUCGAACCAAUCGAUUUCAAUCAUCAGAGAUCCUCAAUGCCGUCGUCUCAAGGCCACAAUUGACAUGCAACUGGCUUUGAAUAUCUACAACGUUUACAGGCAAGAUUGCUUCGAUGAAGAUUCACGUGUAAAACGCUGCGCCGAGGAAUUCCGCAGAAAAUUGGAAGAACUCAAUCGGGAGAUUAUCAAUGAAGUGCAGAAUCACUUGAAUGCAGCUGUGGAAAAUACAGUAUCUGGAAUUCGAUACUUCAGGGUUCAGCCUGAUGGACCAAGACUGAAGGAGAUAAGCGCCAGAAAUCCAUUGGUCCCACGAUAUUUCACGGAUUAUGGAGCCCCGAAGACUCUCGUGGAUCGCGAGGCCAUGAUGUACACUGAAUCCGGUUGCUACUUGAUGGCCCACAACGGAUGGGUGAUGAACGGAGAUCCUCUGAAAAAUUUUGCUGAUCCUGGCUCCAACGUCUAUAUCCGACGAGAAUUGAUCGCCUGGGGGGACAGUGUUAAAUUGAGAUUUGGUGAUAAACCUGAGGAUUGUCCAUUCUUGUGGCAGCACAUGGCUUCCUACGUUCAACAAAUGGCGAGGAUUUUUGAUGGAGUCAGACUCGACAAUUGCCACUCAACUCCAAUUCCAGUUGCUGAAUACAUGUUAGAUGCAGCACGCAAGGUUCGCCCCAAUCUCUACGUCGUGGCUGAAUUAUUUACGAAUUCCGAUCAAAAGGACAACAUCUUUGUGAAUAGAUUGGGAAUAACUUCACUGAUUCGUGAGGCCAUGGCAGCCUGGGACAGUCACGAAGAGGGACGCCUGAUUUAUCGUUAUGGGGGUGAACCUGUGGGGGCAUUUUUGCAGCCACAGCAGCGUCCGCUCGUCCCCUGCAUUGCACAUGCCUUAUUCAUGGAUCAAACUCAUGACAAUCCGAGUCCAAUCGAGAAGAGAAGUGUUUUCGAUCUUCUGCCAUCUGCUGCUUUAGUUUCCAUGGCUUGUUGCGCCAGUGGAAGCAACCGGGGCUAUGACGAACUCGUUCCCCAUCAUAUCCAUGUCGUCGAUGAGACGAGACAGUACACAGCCUGGACUUCUGAUCACGAACAUCCUCGGAAGAAUGCAAAGUACGUCAGUGAUGGGUCUGGGAUAAUAUCUGCAAAACGUGCCAUUAAUAAUCUGCAUUUCACCUUGGGAAAUCAGAAUUUCUCUCAAGUUUUUGUUGACCAAAUGGACCCUGAUGUCGUCGCUGUGACGAGACACUCUCCAGGGACCCAUGAGAGUGUCGUUCUGGUUGCAUUCACUGCCUUCCAUCAUCCAGACUCUAAUGCCAGGGAUCUCAGGAGAAAUGUCAGACCUCUCAGAGUUGAAGGGGUCGUCGAGGAGAUCAUCUUGGAGGCCUCGUUGCUCUACAAGGAUGGAACAACUCCAUUCAAAUUCCCUGACAUGCAUCAGAAGAAUGCACAAUACAUAAAUGGACUCGGUGACUACGUCAUCAACAUGAGAGAACAUAUUCAAGUGCCAGAUUCAAGAAUUCUUCAGAAAGUUGACUCUGGUGAUGCAAAAAUCACUCAAUUGAAUUUUGUUAAUUUUCAACCUGGCUCUGUCGUUGCCAUUCGGGUAGCUCUCCAUUCCAACAUCAGACCGGCACUCGAGGCCCUCAAUAACACCAUCACAUCGAUCACCAUUGGCAUCGAUAACUCAGAGUUACGCUCCAUCGUUUCUAAACUCGAACUCUCGGAUAUCAAUAAAAUUCUCUAUAGAUGUGACCAAGAGGAGAGAGACGAAACAGAAAAUAAAUUCGGGGUCUACGAUAUUCCUGGGUAUGGGCCACUGGUUUACGCUGGCCUCCAGGGAAUUGUCUCUCUUCUGGCUGAUGUUCGACCGAACAAUGACCUGGGGCAUCCCCUCUGUGGUAAUUUGCGUGAUGGAAAUUGGUUGAUUGAUUAUACCUGGCAGCGGUUGAAAGGGGAUGAAAGAACUCUGGCACUUGGCAAGUGGCUGGAGAGAGAGUCUGAGCCUUUCAAGCUUAUCCCCAGGUAUCUCGUUCCAAGGUACUUCGAUGUCAUCAUCAUUAAUGUGUACAUGACUCUGCUGGAGCAGUGUUACGUGAAAAUGUCGAAAUUUGUGGAGACUGGAUCGACUUUUGUAAAGCUAUUAUCACUGGUUUCGAUUCAGAUGGGGGGAAUCAUCAGGUCGGCACCUCUUCCAGAUCUGUCUCCAACCCUCGCAACACCUAGACCUAAGAUUCAGGAGCGUAAUGGAGUGAAGGAGCAGGAAUGUGUCACAUUAUCAGCGGGUCUGCCUCACUUUACUGUGGGCUACAUGCGCAAUUGGGGUCGUGACACUUUCAUUGCAGUGAGAGGGCUAUUACUGCUGACUGGACGUUAUGACGACGCCAGAUUCAUCAUCCUGGGAUUCGCUGGAACUCUCAGGCAUGGAUUGAUUCCAAAUCUUUUGGACAGGGGUAAAAAUGCGCGGUACAACUGUCGUGAUGCUGUCUGGUGGUGGCUCUACACCAUUCAGUGUUACAUUCAACAAGUUCCCGAUGGCAUGAAGAUCCUCACUGACAAGGUCUCCAGACUCUACCCAACUGAUGAUUCUCCAGCACUUCCAGCUGGUCAGAUUGAUCAGCCUCUGCACGACGUCAUUCAAGAGGCCCUGAUUGUCCAUUUCCAGGGAUUAUGCUUCCGCGAGAGAAACGCUGGGAGACAGAUUGACGAGCAAAUGACAGAUCGUGGAUUCAACAAUCAAAUUGGGGUACAUCCAGAGACUGGAUUUAUUUUUGGAGGGAAUGAGGCGAAUUGCGGCACGUGGAUGGAUAAAAUGGGAUCUUCUGAGAAGGCUGGGAACAAGGGUAAGCCUGCGACACCUCGUGAUGGAUCAGCUGUUGAAAUUGUUGGACUGAGCAAAUCUGUUCUUACGUACUUCGCUGAAUUGUACAAACAGAAUUUAUUCCCACAUGGCAGUGUCCAACGGCGAAAUAGAGACGGAAGUGUCGUUACUUGGAGUUACAAGCAGUGGGCUGAUAAAAUUCAGGAAAAUUUCGAGAGAUAUUUUUACGUUAAUGAAAAUCCAACCAAUGGAGAAUUGAGUCCGGAUUUGAUUCAUCGUCGAGGAAUCUGCAAAGACAGCCAUGGCGCCUCGCAGGCAUGGGCCGAUUACCAACUGCGUCCUAAUUUUGCUAUUGCAAUGGCAGUGGCUCCAGAAUUAUUCACCCCAAAAAAUGCCUGGACUGCACUCAAGCAAGCAGAGGAAAUUCUGCUUGGUCCACUUGGAAUGAAAACUCUGGAUCCAGCUGACUGGGCGUACAAUGGAUACUACGACAAUGCCAAUGAUUCAGCUGAUCAAAAAUUGGCGCAGGGCUGGAACUACCAUCAGGGCCCAGAGUGGGUAUGGCCCAUGGGAUUUUUCCUUCGUGCGCGACUUCAUUUUGCACCUCUCGUAGGUGGCAAGGAGGAAUUACGCAGGACUAUUCAAUCGACUGAGGCAAUUCUCUCGAAACAUUUUGUCGAGGCAUCGACUAAUCACUGGAGGGGACUCCCAGAAUUAACGAAUAAAGAUGGGGAUUACUGUCGGGACAGUUGUCGGACUCAAGCAUGGAGUGCUGGAACAAUACUCGAAACACUCUAUGAAUUGAAAAAACUCUCUCAAGGGGAUGCAACCGACUCCACCAACUGAUACAAUUUUGCGUGUGUUCAUCGUAAUUUAGAAUACUCAAAUCUAGAGAAUAACCACGUCGUUAGGGGCAACACGUGUUUCAGUAAUAAAAAUAUUAUCUCACUAGUGCAAGAUCCUGAUUCCCAGCAAGAUACACACGCAUUUUUUAAUAGAUCCCGUGAUACCAGAGACAGCGCUUCUUCUCACACGAAUAGCACAACGAUUGUAGAAUGCCAUGACGGAUUCAAUGAGACUCAUCCUAGUGGUUGUGUUAAUUAUAUUCAAUCUAAUAAUCACGUUUAUGAAGAGAUCAAUCAAUUUUCUGGUUGUGAUAAAAAUGGGGUAAUGAUCGAUCCUGGAAAAAUAUUCAAUGGAGAGAUCUGUAAUGUGUGUUUGGAAUGCAGUGGAAAUUCCAAAGUUUACAGCGAUCAGCUGAUUUACAACGGGAAACCUCUUCUAGCUAGAGAAGUCUCAAUAUGUCAGCCUGAAUUGCUCUCGUCUCAGCUGCACUUCAAACUGAAGAAUCCGGAGAUACUCCAGGACUAUAUGCCCGUUAUUAAUAUCCUCAAAACGCAUGACUCUGGAAUUUUUUACUCCAAGAAAAAUUACCGAGAUGUUUUCCGCCUGGACUUAUGUCUCUCUCCACAUAUUGAAUUUUGUGAUGGAAAUGUGGACCGCAGAGCAACAAAUACUGAUGUCUAUCAUCGAUCAGCUGUGGAUAUUUUUUGCAGGGCCUCGAGGGAUGUCGUCUUUAAACCGAAAAUUUUUGAUAAUAUCCAGGAGGAGAGUUUUGAGAAUUGGAUGGCAUAUGAGCGCAGAAAAAGUAGACUCAGUGAUGGAAAUGAUGGGUUGAGAUUAUCGAUGCGGAUGCACCACAGAUCGAGUCUCAUGCUCCUUGAGCCACUUCUCAUUAUCCCGGAUUUUCCCACCCCCAGAGAAAUUCGAGAGAAAAAUAGAAUUGCACAUAACGAGCAUGUGAAAAUAGUGAGGAUUGUUAUUGCCUAUACUCUAUCAUUUUUUCUUCUAGUGAUUGUUACAUUUUACAUUGUUUAUUUUGCCUGAUACUUCUGCUUUUCUCCGUCCAUCGAAUAAUUAUUGUGGAGUACAAAAAUGAAGUCACUGAGCAAUUCCGCUCAGUCCAGCGCGUAUAUUUUUUUUUCUUCGCGGGAAGCUCUUCGUUGGCAUUUUUUCACCGGAUUUGAGAAAAAUCAGGUUGAGGAAUUUCGAUGGAAAAAAAUUGACGACAGAAUGGGGUUGUAGGGGAAAUAUAUUGCUUUUUUUUUAUUGAAAGUUAAAGGGCAGGUAAAAAUUUUUCAAUAUAAUUUUAUUUUUUCUGUCUAUUGAUUUUAGUUGGAAUCCGGAGAGAACUCGAUUUUAAUUCAUGAUUUUUUACGUUGUUUUGUUUAUUUUAAAUUUAGAUGGUUUGUUUCUGGUUUGAAAUGUUAACUGUAUGUGAUGUUUUAUGAAUGAAGUAAUAUAUUUUAUUUGACUUCCAAGGAUGUAAAAAAACCUAUCGGGUGAUAAUCAAAGUUUAUUAUAAGACGUGAAAUUGUACAAAAAGCAUAUUUUCUUAAAACUCCGAGAAAAGACUAAAGUGAGAUAUCAAAUACAAAUAUUUUUCCAUAAACGAAUCAAUAGUCUUCAUCUGCGUGUUGCUGUACUGAAUAAAUAUUUUAUUCGCUUUUAAUUGAAUCUACCAAUUUAUGGACUAGUCUUGGAAAAUCUUGUUCGAUGAUUAUUGUUCGGGGAUCUGUACUUGUCCAAUCAGUGCUAGGGAGCAAUAAAACUGCCGAAUGGAGUUAAUAAUCAAUGAAAUAUGGGAAAUAAAAAUCUAUUAAUCUAUUAA